AUGACUGCUAUUGCAUUUAAAAUUGUCAUAUUGACAAUUCUGACAAGUUUGAUAGCAGCACAGCCAAAACCCACCCCGCCAGUUCAUAACAAUGGCUGCCCAAACCGGGCGUUUUUAAGCUGUAUAUUGGCGUUAAAGGAGGAACAUAUACAAUUUGAUAGGAAUAUUGUAAGUGGUUUUAGUAUAUUAUAUUUGCACCGUAAUGUCUUUUUAAGUCGAUAGUGUUAGAGGUAAAACUAGGGGCCAGGUAGGGAUAAAAGUAGAGAUACUACCUCUACCACCCCCCUAACCUACCCUUACCCCCAUUCAUACUACUGUCAGCUGUCACUAAACCCAAAUUUCAGGUCCGAACAAUCCUAAGCAUAGAUUCAGAAGCCAAACUACUCCACACCUGCAAAGCCUACACCAAGGUAUUACCAUGUUUCCGAGACAAAGUCCUCGAAUGUGGCAAUCAACACCAACGUGAACUGUUUGGUGAGGUUGGCAGAGCUUUGAUGUUUUUAUGUUCACCAUUCAGUCUACAACGCCAGAGAGUAUUAGUGGAGAAACAAAGCUGCAUUUCAAAGGUUUUGUCAUUGCCAAUUUCGGUUGGGUGUAAACUCACACCUAAACCUUAUGGUAAACAGUUGUUGGAUUGCAAGUAAGUUUUCGAAGGAACUAAGCCUAUUUCAUAACAUUUUAAUUUUUUGUUUGUAAAGAAAGUUCUUGCCAUUUUAUGUUUUGUAAAGAAAGUUCUUGCCAUUUUAUGUUUUGUAAAGAAAAUUCAUGCUAUUUUAUUUUUUGUAAAAAAAGCUAUGGCUAUUUCCUCGUAAAGUAAUAAUAUUUAUGUUCUGCAGUCUGCGGGUGACAAGUUAUACGACAAAUGUAUGUUUCGCACUAAUUUUGGCCUUUUAUCUCUAAAUGUCUUCGAGCUGGAGAAGCCUAAACUAAUAGCCCACUUAUCAAUAUUUUUAUACUUUUAAGCCUAAACUACAAGGCUAAAUUGUGAGUCCAAAUCAUAAACCUAAGGUACUGACUUAAGCCAUAUCUUUUAACUACAAACCUAAUGCCAAACCUACGCCAUGACUUUUAAUUCCAAUUCUUAAAGAAAAGCUUACGCAAUGGCUUUAAAAUAUAAGCCUAAAAGCCAAAGCAAUGACUAUUAAUUCCAAGCCUAAAUGCCAAGACUAAUAUUGAAUAAAUCAACCUACUGUAAUGCCAAUUUGAUAGAAAAUAGGUUAAUAAACUGUAACUAAACAUAAUUUUAGACGUGAAUGCGCAGCAACUCAAAACAACUUUAGUUGUUCUUUGAAGACUUGGAUGAGUGAACAAAAUGCUUGUACACUAAAUGACAUUAGUGAGAACUGUGGCCAAGAAGCGGCCGACUUCUACGCCGACUUCCAAGCUAGUGUGUUCGAACCUAACUACCCAUUUUUGUGUCACCCGACUGGUAUGCUAUCAUAACUUCUUCAAUUUUUAAAAAAAGUUUAAAAUUCAAAAUAAAAUUUUUUUAAUUAAAAAUUUUUGACGAUAAAAUCAAUUUCAACCUCAUUUCAGAUAGAAUGAUCCACCCCUUCACCAACGAACCGACCAAAAAACAGAAUAUCACCAUAGUGACAGUAAAGCAUCGAUCAAAUAGUAAAAACUUUACUCGACCUCAACUUUCAAUUCGAAAAACGACCAAAAAACCUCGGCUGGACGUAUUUUACGUUAGCCCGAGAGCUGAACCAGUGAAUGAUAAGUCUAAAGAAAUCUUCCGAGUUUACAAAUUAUCGACCAAAGCAGUAGAAGCGCCACCGACAACAUUACCACCUGCUACUAGUAGUAGCCAGAGUAUGGAUAGUUCUCAUGAUCAGUAGGUUUUUUUUAACUACUCUAGAAAACCAAUCCUGCCCUACAAAAUCUACCUUACCCUAAAAUCUGCCCCGCCCAAAAAAUUUACCAUGCCCCAAAAAAUCUAUAUUACCCUACACUGUUAUUAUACCUUACAAUUUCAGCACCGCCUCCCAAGCCCAGCCGCAGAUCCCUCAAGUCCAACAAACGUUUAUGGCCUUGGUCGAGAAGCUGUUACCUAUUGCUCUCCAACACAACAUGACAAGUCUACUUCAACAACAAAGUAAAUUACUCGAGCUGAGUCGCAAAAUUGACAUUAAAGACAUGCUGAGCAAGAAAGAAGGGCCAAAAGUGAUGCCUACUACUAUGUCUUAUCGUACUACCACUACCGGAGCACCAAUCUACAGUACGGCAAGAGCAUCGCUUUACAGUACCACUAAGUUACCGGUGUUCAGUACUCCAGUAAGUAUGGUAACUAGUCGGCCAUGGAGACCUUGGUAUUUUGUGUCUACUGAUGAGGAACAGCAGUAG